AUGUCAAAAUAAUAGCAAUAACAACUCUCAUAUAUAUGCAAAGACUAACAAAACCAAAAAGGCCAAGGACAAUCUCAUAGAAGAAUGAAUACCAAUCAAAACAAUUUUGAUGAUAAAAAUGUUUAAAAUCAAAAAAAAUAAAAUAAAUACAACAGAAGAAGUAACUCAUAAGAAAAAUAAUAGAAUUCUCAUAAUCAGCCAUCCUAACCUGUUUUAGCACGAGCUCAAAUUAAUCAACCAUAGAAUAAAAUUUAUGAUUCUCAUUCAUUAAUUUUGGCAUAUCAAGAAUUGCUUGAACCACCUUAAGAAUUGGAAGAAUUCAUAGGUAAAAUACCUCAUCUUUUUACCAAAAUUUCGUAAAAACCUCUAAUCUCACCCUCAACCUAAUUCACCCAUAGUGAUGAAGAUGACCCAAAGUGGAUGCACUCCAAUGAGACUUUUCAAAUCAUUGAUAUCGAAAAUGAGAUCGAAAAAAAGAGAAUAGAAUAUUAAAAAUCACAUGGAACAUUUGAAAAAAAACAAGAACAAAAAUCUAAAAAGUAAAAUGAAAUCAAUUAAGAAGAAAUAUCAGAGCUAUAAUAAGCUAAAGAAAAAUAUAGGUAAUUGAGAGAAUAAGAAGAAAAACAAUUAUAGGUUGCUAGUGAAACCAAAGCUAAAUUACAGGAAUUAUUUAGCUUUUCAGAACAAGAAUAGCCAAAGCUAAAUAAUUCAAUCAACACAAAAGUCCUUUCAGUUGAAGAAGUUGAAAAAUAAGCAUUGGCUUUUUCUAAUAAUAAAUAGAAAGAUCUCAUUAAGGUUGAGUAACCCCAAGAAAAAAUUGAGAGUUAUUUUAGUAACUUCAAUAACAAUUAAACUGAUGAUUUUUUUGAGUAAUUGGAAGAGAUGGGAAUACAUAUUCAAAGGUAAACUCAAGUACCUUCAUAACCUACAAUUAAAAUUUCAAGGGAAAAAAUUAAAACUGCUCCUUUUUCCCUUCAAGCCUAACUGCAUUCACGAUCUAUAAAAGAAUCUCUGUGGUAUUAUGUUGAUAAUUCUGGAAAGAUUUAAGGAGGAUUUACAACAGAACAUAUGGAUCAAUGGUUUGAGCAUAAAUAUUUAAAAGCAAAAUUAAAUAUUUCUUGGGAAACUCCUGGUAAAUGGAUUACAUUAGAAUAAUAUUUAAUUAAUUUAGAUCAAAUUGAAAAAAAACUAUUGGAUCCAAAAAGUGCUAUGGAUCCGUUGACACUCAAAACUAAUAUUAAUAAUAUUUAAUUAAAUAAUCUCUAGCAAUUGUAAUAAAUGAAUGCCUUUAAUGUGAAUAGUUUUCAAAAUUAAUAAAUGAAUGCUUAUCAAUAUUAAUAGGUUAACCAUAAUUAAUAUUAGAAGUAUCAAAAUUAAUAAAUGAACAAUUAACAAAACAAUGUAAAUAAAAAAAAAUAUAAUAAUUCAAACAAUAAUAAUAACGGAAGAGUGCAACAAUAAUAUAAUAAAUAUGAAUAUCAACAAAAUAAUUAAUCAUUAUAUUGA